AUGUUGUACGCUGCAGAGAAAUACCAAAUUGUGUCUUUGAUAUUUCAAUGUGAAGACUUCUUACAAAAGAACCUGUGCAUCACCAACGCUUGUACGAUUUACAACCAGGCAAAAGUGUUUUCUCUAAAGGCAUUACAAAACAAAGAAUUACAUUUCAUAUCGAAGAAUGCAGGUGAGGUAUUUAAAAGUGACGACUUUCUUGCAAUAUCCUCUGAAGAUAUGAACGAUUUUCUCAAACUUGAUUCUCUGUGUAUUUCUGAAGUGACAUUAUUUCAAUCCAUGCUUAAAUGGGCUGAUACUAGCUUACGUAAAUCAAGAAAGUCCAUCACAGGAGGGACACGACGCGAAGAACUUGUACAACAUGGUGUGUUAUACCUUUUGGGAUUUCCGCAGUUUUCACUUGAAGAUUUUACUGAAUUAGUCGUGCCAAGCGGAAUUUUGAGUAGUGACGAACAACUACAUAUAUUUAAAGCUAUAACAAUGAAGUCUUCGCUGCAAGCCAAACAUAGUUUAUUUAGAGUACAACCAAGAAUGAAAUAUUGCAUUACAGAGAUUUUUGUUGAUCAGUUAAUUCCAUCAAAUAUUACCAAUAUAGCUAUCAUGUUUGGAUAUGGAAAUAGGAAUGAAACAAUCUCUUUUAAAGCAUCUACAAAUAUACGAAUAGUUUCGUUAAAUAUUAAACCAAAGUAUCAGGGACUGGUACCGUCUCUACCUACACCAACAAUCCAGUGUGCUGUCGGUGGAGUAACCAAGUAA